CUGAAUGUAUCAGUUAAAACGGCCAUCUUUCGCGCCGGAUCAAUAUCUUUUCUUUUUUCCUUUUAAGAAAUUCGUUACAAAAUAAAACUCAGUUUUGCCCAAUCAGGACUUGGUCCGAGUUAACUACCGACUCACUCACCGAACUUGGAAAAAUUGAAGUGUGCCCUUGAUAUCCAAAAGCGCAUGAUAGAAUCAAUCCCUUUGCCUUUCGUUUCUGGGACCUUCUUUCUCCCUUCAUAUUUAAGCCUAUCAUUCCCUAAUUCCUCCAAUACUUCCGGAUAUCGAAGACUUGCGGUUCGUUUUCUCUCCCUCGAACCAGAUCCAAAUCUAUCUUUCGAGGCGCUGGUUUAGGAUUUUCGCUUGAAAAAUCGUGGAUUUCGUUGAUUUUCGAUCCGAUUAAAGGUAUCACACAUUUUUUCUGAUAAGUUCAUUCAAGGCGAUAAAGAACCAUUAUUGUUAAUUGGUGCUUGCUUGAGCAAUGAGGGGAUAUGAUAGAGAAGAAGUUGAGGAUUAUGAUGAUUAUGAUAUGGAAGGGGAAUAUCAAGAUGAGGAUGCUAUGGAAAAAGAUGGAGAGGGAUAUGAGGAAGAGGAAGAGGAAGAGGAAGAAGAAACCAGACAUCCUACACAAGAAGAAUUGGAACACCUAGAGUUAAGACAGCGGCUGAAAGACUCUAUCAGACGAAAGAGGAAGCAAAGUGCUUUAGCUUCUUCUUAGAAGCUUCCAUACAACAACUUUGGAUCCUUUUCUGGCCCUUCUCAGCCUGUUAUUUCUAAUAGAGUUAUCCAAGAAAGCAAGUCAUUUUUUAAUGUGAAGUCCUUAUAUAUGUUUUUUGUGUUUAUAUUGAUAUGCAUGGUUAUGCGAACUCCAAUCAGUAAAAAGAACCAUGCUUCAAAAAGUGCUGAACCAAAACAAGCCCAACAUGGCCAGACACUCAAACCUCCAAAUAAGAGCUCUGCUCAGAAGGAAGUGGAGGAACUUAAGGUUGCAAGAGAUUACUCAUUUCUCUCAGAUGAUACAGGGGUUCCAACUUCUUCAAAAGAUCCUCCACCUCGAAAUGUUUCUACUCCAAAAUCUGAGGUGCGAUCAGCUCAAAAGUUGCCAAAAAGCAAACAGCCAUUGGACAACAACAACAAUAUUGGCAGAAAUUUGCAAGGCACCCAUGAUGAAAGGCAAUCAGUUCCUUUGAGGGGUCAAUUGCAAUCUAAAGCUGGCACCUACAAGUCUUCUUCUGCCAAUAAAUCAAAUGGGAUGCCAAUGGAUUCUAAAAAGCAGCUUGGUUUUAGCAGUGGUAUGAGACCUGACCGACCUGGUAUUUGCAAUGGUAUGGGUUCUAGCCGGCCUGUUAUUGCUAGCAAUGGUCCUGGUCCUGGGCGGCCUGUUAGCGAUGGCAUCAGGCCUGGUUGGCCUGCUGGUGCUAACAAUUCUAUUGGGCGUAGCCAUCCAGUUGGUUCAAGCAAUGGUACUGGGUCUGGCCGGCCUGCUGGUUCUAGCAGCGAUACUGGGUAUGGCCGGCCUGUUGGCCCUAAAGCUAUGCCUCCUUCCAAGAUGCCUAUCGCAAAGAUGGUGAAGAAAAUUUCUGCACCAACUUCUAGGAAUCUCCCUUCCAGUGCUCACAAAGCACCUCCAUCAAAAGUGCAUUCGUCUGAUUCAAGACAUAACUUAGAACAGAAACGGGGAUCACAAGAACGUAGCAAGGAUAAAAUGAUGCCCCAAAGGCCUCCGGUAUCAUCAAAGCCACAUGCAAACAAGCCAGUGAAGCAAGUCACGUCACAUUCUCAAAUGAAGUCAAAUGUACAGAGACCGAAGAAAAGGCAAUUAAGUGAAGAUGAAAAGGCUUUAUUGAUGAUUAGAAAUAUGUUCCGCACUGAUAGAUAUCCGGUUUGUGAUGAUGAUGAUGUUAGUGACAUGGAGGCAAACUGGGACGAGAUAAGGGAAGAGGAAAGAAGAAGUGCUAAAAUUGCAAGGCAAGAGGAUGAAGAACAAGAUGGCCUAAAAGCGCAAGCUGAGCCAACACUGACUGACGAAAGUUCAAAUAUCCUUUUUCAUCAUCCGGUGUUAUUUAUUCCCUAUGUAAUUACCACAAAUUGAAGAACGUUUUCAUUUUGU